UAAUCUUAUAACAGCCAGAUGCUACUGCUGCCGCUUCUUCUGCUCAUCAUCGUCAAUUAACCACUGGUACUAGCAAGAGAAAAAGAAGAAGAGCAAAGUAAGAUUAUGGAAUUUUCAUCUUUCUAAAUUGUAAGUAAGUAUUCGCUCCCCAAAAACCCUAUCUAUACUCUCUCUCUAAACCAUUACCAUUUCCAUAUGAAAUCCAUCACUUCACUUGUUAAAUUAAUUCUCUUUCACCUUCCCAUGAAAUUGAAAUUGUUCUCCCAUCCAUCCCAUUAUUAGUUAACCAGGACAACGACCACACUAUGAUUCGUCUUUUCGGUCGUCUUCUGUGCCCUAGAAAUCUCAAACCUACUAGGUAUCUUUUCAACUCUGCCCAAAAAAGUAUUACGAAAAGCCCUAGUUUUGAUUCAUGUGCAGAUUCUUCAACUUUCCCUAUAAUAAUAUUUAGGCAAUCUAAUUUUGUCCGGAGCUACUGUUGUUCUCGGAAUAACACCGUUGAUUCUUCCACUGUGGUGUGGACUGACGAUAUAAUAGAGUAUUUAGAUGAAUCCGGUGGGGUUAUUUUUUCCGGUAAGGGCAUAAGAUCGGUUGAGCCUGGUCUUGAUGACCAUGUCAUGGUCGGUGCCUUCAAGAAGCCAUUUUUGAAUGCUUCUGCCGUCGCCAAAAUUGUGGAAAUUGUCAAACGCUGGAAAUGGGGUCCCGAAAUGGAGACCCAAUUGGACAGACUUCAAUUUGUCCCAAACAUGACUCAUAUUUCUCAGGCCUUGAAGGUUAUCUCUGACACUGAUGCUUCCUUAAGUUUGUUUCGUUGGGCUAUGAGGCAAUCCUGGUACUCCCCUUGUGACGACUGUUAUGUUACGCUCUUUGACAGGUUGAACCAGACCAGGGAUUUCGAUGGGAUUCAGUCACUGUUUGAUGAGAUGAUUCGCGAUUCCGGUAACACUGGAAUGUCUUCGUUCUGUGCAUUUAAUCGGGUCAUUCAAUACUUGGCAAAAGCUGAGAAAUUGGAGGUAUCUUUCUGUUGUUUCAAGAAGGUUCACGAAUCGGGUUCCAAGAUAGAUACUGAGACGUAUAAUUCACUUAUAACCUUGUUUUUGACCAAGGGUUUGCCUUAUAAGGCAUUUGAGAUAUACGAAAACAUGGAAGAGGCUGGGUGCUCGUUGGACGGAUCAACAUAUGAGUUGAUGAUACCAACUUUGGCGAAAUCAGGCCGUCUUGAUGCUGCUCUCAAGCUUUUCCAAGAAAUGAAAGAAAACAAUGUCCGGCCGAGUUUUCUCAUAUUUGCCUCGCUUGUUGAUUCAAUGGGCAAAGCUGGGAGGUUGGACACCUCCAUGAAGUUAUACAUGGAAAUGCAAGGUUUGGGGCUAAGGCCAUCUGCGACCAUGUUUGUUUCCCUAAUUGAGUCAUUUGUUAAGGCUGGGAAGUUGGAGACGGCUCUUAGGAUUUGGGAUGAGAUGAAGAAGGCAGGGUUUAGACCUAACUAUGGGCUGUAUACAAUGGUUGUUGAGUCUCAUGCAAAAUCUGGAAAACUUGAGAUUGCUAUGUCUAUUUUUUCAGAUAUGGAGAAGGCUGGGUUUCUACCCACCCCAUCUACCUAUUCAUGUCUCUUGGAGAUGCAUGCUGCUUCUGGUCAAGUAGAUGCUGCCAUGAAGCUGUAUAACUCAAUGACCAAUGCAGGUCUGAGACCGGGACUAAGUACUUAUACUGCCCUUCUGACACUUUUGGCAAAUAAGAAACUUGUAGAUGUUGCUGCUAAAAUCUUACUCGAAAUGAAGGCUAUGGGUUAUUCCGUGGAUGUGAGUGCUAGUGAUGUUCUAAUGGUUUAUAUCAAGGAUGGUUCUGUCGAUCUUGCUUUGAGGUGGCUACGUUUCAUGGGGGCAUCCUCUAUCAGAACGAAUAAUUUCAUAAUCAGGCAGCUUUUUGAGUCAUGCAUGAAGAGUGGUUUGUAUGAGUCAGCCAAACCUCUUCUAGAAACUUAUGUCAACUCUGCUGCAAAAGUUGACCUUAUACUUUACACAUCAAUUCUAGCUCAUCUUGUGAGAUGCCAGGAAGAGCAGAAUGAGAGGCAUUUGAUGUCAAUCCUUGGUGCUACAAAGUAUAAGGCACACAGCUUCAUGUGUGGACUCUUUAUGGGCCCAGAACACAGGAAACAACCUGUAUUAUCCUUUGUGAGGGAUUUUUUCCAGGGCAUUGAUUAUGAGUUAGAAGAGGGCGCUGCCAGGUACUUUGUCAAUGUUCUCCUAAAUUACCUUGUACUUAUGAGCCAGAUAAACCGAGCUCGUUGUGUGUGGAAAGUUGCAUAUGAGAAUAAGCUUUUCCCAAAGGCCAUAGUGUUUGAUCAGCAUAUAGCUUGGUCACUUGAUGUCAGAAACUUGUCUGUUGGAGCAGCUCUCAUAGCUGUAGUUCACACCCUCCAUAGGUUUAGGAAGCGGAUGUUGUACUAUGGGGUUGUCCCAAGAAGGAUCAAAUUGGUCACUGGACCUACUCUAAAGAUCGUGGUUGCACAGAUGUUGAACUCAGUAGAAUCACCUUUUGAGGUUAGUAAAGUUGUUUUGAGGGCCCCCGGGGAUUCUGUUUUGGAGUGGUUUAAAAAACCAAUUGUUCAGCAAUUCCUUUUGAAUGAGAUUCCAUCAAGGGCUGACAUCCUUAUGCACAAGCUUAACACACUUUUUCCUAGUUCUGCACCUGAAAUUAGAUCUCUGUCUCCUCCCAAGCCACUUAUUACAGGGAAUGCAAUUUAAACAUCCACAAUAUUUGGGAAUAACUACAGGUUAUUUGUUUGUGGAAAUGAGGCUGCAAGUCAUUCUGUUUUGAGUGAUUCUGAUAUUUUUUAUGCUUUUGCUUUGGUUAUUAAUUUACAUGGUAUGUAAUUUGGAUGAUGAUGCAUUUGUAAAAUUGUGAUAUCUUUCAAAUCUUGAGAUGUUUAUGCCCAUUCGAAGAGUAGUGUUAUUUGAAGUCUAUAUUUCUUUAUUUUUUA